GUAUGAAUCUAUUUAUUUUCUCAUUCUUCUAAGAUGUGGGCUUUCUUCAUUUCAAACAAUUCAACAUAUUCAUGUGCAAGAUACAGUGCGUACAAUGAGCCUAGUUAAGUUGGAACCGAAGAAUUUCUGCAGACAUGAACUAUGGGGAACAAAACCCAACACAUGAGAGGUGGUGCAGACAGCAUUGGCUACGCAUCAUAUACGAUUGAUCCUGAGAGCCAGAGGGAUUCUACCCUACAGUCACAGGUUCACCUAUAUGGGCAACACCCUGUUUCAUCUACUCAAGCAAAUUAUCAGGCAGGUAAUCGUGGAUAUAGCCAGAUUGGGUCCCUGUCAUCUACUUAUGGGCGCUUUGGUUGUCUAGCUGAUUCGUCUUUCUUGACAAACACAUCAGCAAUGCAGCAAUAUGCACCUCGUCUGGACGAGCUGAACCCAACAAGGAUUGGUACACUGGGUUCUGAACCUCCAAUGGUGAGUGGAAAUAGCUUCUACACUUCCAGACCACCCCAGCCUGGAUACAGAGAUAACUCAAUGGGCUAUCCUCCUGGUCCAUACCAAUCGUUUCCCCAUAACCACUCUGCAGGUUGGCUCAAUGAAUAGAUAGUUGCCUUGCUUUCCGUAUUACUAUGAUUGUUUAAAAAUGGUGAGCAAUUUUAUGGUUUUUAAAGUAAAGCUUCUGCUCUUGUGUUUUCCAUGUCUUACAACAAUACUUAACCAAAGCGGCAAGUAUACCUGUCAAGAUUCCCAUUUCAUCCCAAGUUACUAAUGUAUCUGCAUAUUUUUCCCCCUUCUCAAAUUAGAAAGAAACCAUUUUCAACUUU